AUGCUGCUGUCCAUCCCCAGCAAGAUGCUGACUAGAAUCAUCUUGGAGAGACUGAAAGAGGCGCUAGACAAAAGACUGAGAUCAGAGCAGGCAGGAUUUAGACAAGAUAGAUCGUGUACAGAACACAUCACCACUCUGAGCAUCAUCAUCGAGCAGUCCAUCGAAUGGCAGUCUCCUCUGUAUACGACCUUCGUUGACUUUGAAAAAGCCUUCGACAGCGUCGACAGUGAAACGAUCUGGAAGCUGAUGCAGCACUACGGAAUUCCUCUGAAGCUCAUCAGCAUCAUCCAGCAGCUCUAUGAAGACUCGUCCUGCCAGAUAAUCCACAAUGGAAACUGA